CUACGCCAUUGUGAAGUAUCGGUGUCAAGUUAUAACCAAAGAAAACCCGCGCUUUUUCGAACGCUCGAGCCUGAAGCCUUGAAAUCUCGAAGUCGAUUCUACUGCAAAUAUUGCCGACGAAACUAUUAUUUUCUGUUCUCUCAUGCAAUUUUCAUAUUAUUCUUGCUAUUCUACUGCACUGCAAUUUGGUUAGGGGAGAUUUCGUGGAAUUGUUCAGACCAUGCUGACUGGAAUAGCUAGGUUUUAUUCUUCGAGGUGAUGGGGAAAAAACAUGUGGUUGUUGGUUCUUCAUCAGAUGACGAGGAGGGAGGUCGUCCACGAAGCACGAGAGGCAGCAACUCUUCUAAGUCAAAAUCAAGAUGGUCUGUUCCGCGUGUGAAUUUGAGAAGUUCUAAAAGGACCCGCAUUUCAGAAUCUUUUUCUAGUUCGUGUAAAGAAUUCAGUGGAGUAGAAGAGAUUGGUUUCGAUUCACUUGAUGAAGAUUUUUAUGAAUGUCUUCGAGGGUUCAAAGUUGUCAGUGGUAGGGAAGGAGAGGAGUUAUGGGUUGACAAAUACAAACCACGUUCCUUGGGAGAACUUGCUGUUCACAGAAAAAAGGUUGAAGAAGUCAAAACAUGGUUGGAGGAACACUUAAAAAUGUCAAAGGAGAAUUUUCAUAGUCACACUCUUCUCAUUGCUGGACAAGCUGGGGUUGGAAAAUCUGCAACUGUCCAUGUAAUCGCAUCACAUCUUGGAGUAAGCUUGUGCGAGUGGAACACACCUACUCCCACUCUUUGGCAAGAACACAUGCAUAAUGCAAAUUCAGGAAUUCAGUACGUGUCAAAGUUGGAUGAAUUUCAGUCCUUUGUUGAGAGAAUAAGAAAGUAUCCAUUGCUUCCAUUGGCCUCUACGGAAGGAUCAAACAAACCAGCCAUACUCUUGGUUGAUGAUCUUCCCCUCACAAAUGGCAGAGUUGCUUAUGGAAGACUAAGCAACUGCUUGCAUGUUCUUGCUCGGUCAACUCAGAUCCCAACAGUUAUAUUGAUUACCGAGUAUGGAAAAGCUGACACCAAUGACCCCACAAAACUUUACUGGGAGGAACUUAAAUCAUCUCUUGAGAAUGCUGGUGCUUCUAAGGUGUCCUUUAAUCCUGUUACUGUAAAUUCUAUCAAGAAGAUGCUUUCUCGAAUAUGCAAAGAAGAGCAGUGUAGUAUGACUGACGAACAUAUUGAUCAGAUAGCAAAAUCGAGCGGAGGUGACAUCAGACAUGCAAUUACAUCUUUACAGUACUUGUGUCUGAGACCAAACCAGUUGCUUUCUUUGCCUUCAUCCACUCUGUCUACCAACCACUCCAAUGAAAAUUCAAAGGAACUUAGUCUACUGGAUGAUAGAUGUUCUUUGGCUUUCGGCCGAGAUGAGACACUUUCUCUGUUUCAUGCCUUGGGAAAAUUUCUGCACAACAAAAGAGAGACAUUCAGUGGUGCUGAUUUAGGAGAAGAUAUAUUGCAUCUGAGGGAGAAAUUUGCAAGGUUACCUUUGAAGAUGGAGGCUCCGGAGAAAAUCCUUGAUCAAGCCCAUGGAAAAGCAAGAUCAAUUGCUGAUUUUUUACACGAAAAUGUCCUAGAUUUUAUAAGUGACCAAGCAGUAGAUGAUGCAUGGGCUGUCUCUUCCUAUUUAAGUGAUGCCGACUGUCUUCUAGCUUCCUCUGUGCAUCAGUUCACAUGGUCUCAGAUGAUGAAAUAUGAGCGGGAAAGCAUAGGACAGGAAGUUGCAGCUUCGGUAGCUGCGCGUGGGGUGCUGUUUGGAAAUUCACACCCCUCACCUUCCAGGUGGCACUCGAUUCGUAGUCCAAAGCUUUGGCAAGUUGAACAAUCAUCAAGGAAGAAUAAGAAUGAGAUGUUACGGCGGAGAUCUGAAGCUUAUAAUAGCUUGAGUUCAUCUGACAUAAAUGUCAUGGUUACUGAGUAUUUACCUGUGUGGAAAUGGCUUGGACUCCGAACAUGGGAAGGUGAUAAUCAAGAACUGGAGGUAAGCAAGAUGGAAGAGGAUUACUCUGAUCGGAUGAGUUUGGAUAAUCUAGAAACUGAUAAUGCUGGGGAGAGUGAAGGCGAGGACGAAAUAGAAGAUUGGUGAGGCUUAUUAUAUGGUUUUGGAAUCUAGAAAAUCUGGAAAUGGCUCUCGUCUGUAAAGAAAUUUUGCAAUAUCCUUUUGUAAUUAUCACCUACUGGAAUGUCAGUUUUACUUCUUGGUCUUUAAUGCAAAGCAAUAGCUGUGAAUGUUUUAUCAAA